AGCGGCGGGGGCGCGCGCGGGCGCAGGGCCAGCCCUGCUUCGCUCGGGUCGACGGCUGACGCGCGCCGCAGUCGGAGCCUGAGCCGCGCGGGCGCAGGGGACGGCGCGGGGCUGCUGGUGGCCACAGCUGCGUCGGGGACGGACUACACCGGUGCUCGGGGUCGCGGGCAGCUGCGCGUGGGCCGAGUGGUGGGCGCGGCGUAAGAACAAAUCUUCGUGAUAUUCCACACCUGUGUGCUGAAGACUUUGACCAAAGCUGCUGUAGGGAAUUGGCAUCCCGGGAAAAGGACGGCUUCCAAAAUCAGGGAAACUUUCAGGAGAUUCCAGGCCCAGUGGAUCUUCUGAAGAGCAAUGCCAAGACUUUUGGUUUAAAGAAGUCAAAGGAAGAACAAUCUCUUCAGAUAAGAAGAUCUUCUUUAAAGUUUCCUGCAUGAGACUUAUUUAAACGUUGCACACACAUCUUUUGUGAAAGAAGAAAAGGAAAUUCAGCUCGUGGGGCUCAGCGGGAGUUCAGCUAAUGCAGCUUAAAAUAAUGAUGCCGAAAAAGAAGCACUUAUCUGCAGGCAGAGCACCCCUGAUACUCUUCCUGUGCCAGAUGGUUAGUGCCCUGGAAGUCCCUCUUGAUCCAAAACUUCUUGAAGACUUGGUACAACCUCCAACCAUUACUCAACAGUCUCCAAAAGAUUACAUUAUUGACCCACGGGAGAAUAUUGUAAUCCAGUGUGAGGCCAAAGGGAAACCUCCUCCAAGUUUCUCCUGGACCCGAAAUGGGACUCAUUUCGACAUAGAUAAAGACCCUCUUGUCACCAUGAAGUCUGGCUCGGGAACCCUCACAGUCAACAUCAUGAGCGAGGGGAAAGCAGAGACCUAUGAAGGAGUUUAUCAGUGUACAGCCAGGAACGAACGCGGGGCUGCAAUUUCUAAUAACAUUGUCAUCCGUCCAUCCAGGUCACCGUUGUGGACCAAAGAAAAACUUGAACGAAUAACACUUAGAAAUGGCCAGUCUUUGGUACUGCCCUGCAGACCCCCAGUUGGGUUACCACCACCUAUAAUAUUCUGGAUGGAUAACUCCUUUCAAAGACUUCCACAGAGUGAGAGAGUUUCCCAGGGUCUGAAUGGAGACCUUUAUUUUUCCAAUGUGCUCCCAGAGGAUACCCGGGAAGACUACAUCUGUUACGCACGAUUUAAUCACACUCAAACCAUACAGCAGAAGCAACCUAUUUCUGUGAAGGUGAUUUCAGUGGAUGAAUUGAAUGACACUAUAGCUGCUAAUUUGAGUGACACUGAGUUUUAUGGUGCUAAAUCACAUAGAGAGAGGCCACCAACAUUUUUAACUCCAGAAGGCAAUGCAAGCCGCAAAGAGGAAUUACGAGGAAAUGUCCUUUCACUUGAGUGCAUUGCAGAAGGGCUGCCUACCCCAAUUAUUUACUGGAUAAAAGAAGAUGGAACACUCUCCAUCAACCGGACAUUUUAUAGGAACUUUAAGAAAACUCUGCAGAUUGUCCAGGUUACAGAAGCAGACUCUGGGAAUUACCAGUGUAUAGCCAAAAAUGCACUAGGAGCCAUCCAUCAUACCAUUUCUGUCACAGUUAAAGCGGCUCCAUACUGGAUCAUAGCACCUCAAAAUCUUGUGCUGUCCCCAGGAGAGGAUGGAACCCUGAUCUGCAGAGCUAAUGGCAACCCCAAACCCAGAAUUAGCUGGUUAUUGAAUGGAGUCCCGAUAGAAAUUGCCCCUGAUGACCCCAGCAGGAAAAUAGAUGGCGAUACCAUUAUUUUUUCAAACGUUCAAGAAAGAUCAAGUGCGGUGUAUCAGUGUAAUGCCUCUAACGAAUAUGGAUAUUUACUGGCGAACGCGUUUGUAAAUGUCCUGGCUGAGCCACCACGAAUCCUUACGUCUGCAGACACACUCUAUCAAGUCAUUGCAAACAGGCCGGCUUUACUAGACUGUGCCUUCUUUGGGUCUCCUCUACCUACCAUCGAGUGGUUUAAAGGCGCUAAAGGGAGUGCCCUUCGUGAAGAUAUCUAUGUUUUACAUGAAAAUGGAACUUUGGAAAUUCCUGUGGCCCAGAAGGACAGUACGGGAACUUAUACAUGUGUUGCAAGGAAUAAGUUAGGAAUGGCGAAGAAUGACAUUCACUUAGAGAUCAAAGAUCCAACGAGGAUCAUUAAGCAGCCUGAAUAUGCAGUUGUGCAAAGAGGGAGCACGGUGUCCUUUGAAUGCAUAGUGAAGCACGAUCACACUUUAAUCCCCACCGUCAUGUGGCUAAAGGACCACAGGGAGCUGCCCAGUGACGGAAGGUUCACUGUUGACAAGGACCGUUUGGUGGUCGCUGACGUCAAUGAUGAUGAUGGUGGGACCUACACAUGUGUGGCCAACACAACUCUGGACAAUGUUUCGGCCAGUGCUGUGCUCAGCGUUGUCGCUCCCACUCCAACUCCAGCUCCCAUUUACGAUGUCCCAAAUCCUCCCUUUGACUUAGAAUUGACGGAUCAACUAGACAGGAGUGUUCAGCUGUCAUGGACCCCAGGCGAUGACAACAAUAGCCCUAUUACAAAAUUCAUCAUUGAAUAUGAAGAUGCAAUGCAUGAGCCGGGGCUGUGGCAUCACCAAACUGAAGUCCCUGGAGCUCAGACCACAGCCCAGCUGAAGUUGUCGCCCUAUGUCAACUAUUCCUUCCGAGUGAUGGCAGUAAACAGCCUGGGAAGGAGCUUGCCCAGCGAGGCAUCUGAGCAGUAUUUGACUAAAGCUGCAGAACCAGAUAAAAAUCCCACGGCUGUGGAAGGGCUGGGAUCAGAGCCGGAUAAUUUGGUGAUUACGUGGAAGCCCUUGAAUGGUUUCGAAUCUAAUGGGCCAGGCCUUCAGUACAAAGUUAGCUGGCGCCAGAAGGAUGGUGAUGAUGAAUGGACGUCUAUGGUUGUGGCAGAUGUAUCCAAAUACAUUGUCUCGGGCACCCCGACCUUUGUCCCAUACCUGAUCAAAGUUCAGGCCCUGAACGACGCGGGCUUUGCUCCAGAGCCAGCUGUGGUCCUGGGACAUUCUGGAGAAGACCUCCCAAUGGUGGCUCCCGGGAAUGUGCACGUAAACGUGGUAAACAGCACCUUAGCCGAGGUGCACUGGGACCCGGUACCUCUGAAAAGUAUCCGAGGACACCUGCAGGGCUAUCGGAUUUACUACUGGAAGGCACAGAGUUCAUCAACCAGAAACAGACGCCAUAUUGAGAAAAAGAUCCUCACCUUCCAGGGCAGCAAGACUCAUGGCAUGUUGCCUGGGCUGGAGCCCUUUAGCCACUACACACUGAAUGUCCGCGUGGUCAAUGGGAAAGGGGAGGGCCCAGCCAGCCCCGACAGGGUCUUCAAUACCCCGGAAGGAGUCCCCAGCGCUCCAUCCUCUUUGAAGAUUGUUAAUCCAACGCUAGAUUCUCUCACUUUGGAAUGGGAGCCACCAAGCCACCCGAAUGGCGUUUUGACAGAGUACACCUUAAAAUAUCAGCCAAUUAACAGCACCCAUGAAUUAGGCCCUCUGGUGGAUUUGAAAAUUCCUGCCAACAAGACCCGCUGGACUUUAAAAAAUUUAAAUUUCAGCACUCGGUAUAAGUUUUAUUUCUAUGCACAAACAGCAGCAGGAUCAGGAAAUCAAAUAACAGAGGAAGCAAUAACAACUGUGGAUGAAGCUGGUAUUCUCCCACCUGAUGUAGGUGCAGGCAAAGCGAUGGCAAGCCGGCAGGUGGAUAUAGCGACUCAGGGCUGGUUCAUUGGUCUAAUGUGUGCUGUCGCUCUCCUGAUCUUAAUUUUGCUGAUUGUUUGCUUCAUCAGAAGAAACAAAGGUGGUAAAUAUCCAGUUAAAGAAAAGGAAGAUGCCCAUGCGGAUCCUGAAAUCCAACCUAUGAAGGAAGAUGACGGCACUUUUGGAGAAUACAGUGAUGCAGAAGACCACAAGCCUUUAAAAAAAGGCAGUCGAACACCUUCAGACAGGACUGUGAAAAAGGAAGAUAGCGAUGACAGCCUAGUUGACUAUGGAGAGGGGGUGAAUGGCCAGUUCAAUGAGGACGGCUCCUUUAUUGGACAGUACAGUGGUAAGAAAGAGAAGGAACCAGCCGAAGGAAACGAAAGCUCAGAGGCACCGUCUCCCGUCAACGCCAUGAAUUCCUUUGUUUAAUCUGUGAGCUCUUUGCCAAUAUCCCACUUUUCUCAAAUGUUUAUCUUAAGUAUUUGUCGGUCCGCCUUCUCAUACUCUGAACAUUGAGGCAGAAAGUCUGUGUUCUGCUGUGUGUUCACAUGAUGAGAGCCAUCAAAGCAAGAACCUAACUCAGUCAAAUGAUAUCUUAAUGUGAACUGCAGUGCAAAGUGCAUACUUUUGCAUUCAACAUAGGUUAUCUUGAUUUCCUGAGAACUGAUAAAAAAUAACAUAGUGUCAUCAACAGAUCAUGUUCUUCCCUCUUCGGGAUACAGUUCACUAGGAUGCAUGAAAAAUGCUACACCUUUAAAGAAUAUACCUGUGUAUGUUAUUCAAACAUGGGUUGGUACUUUGUUUAUACUCUCCUCCGCUGAACCCCUAAAUAUGAAUUCCGUUUUCAUUGUCAAGAGUGUUACUGUAGUAUUCUCUAGAACUUCAGUGUCUUUGUGGACAUUGUCGUGAAACUGGUGACUCUGUGUCUAGCUGUCAUUAGUCUUUCGGGGAGACUGUUAGGCACAGUGUGUACAGUGUCUACUUGCUAAAUGCGUUAAUUAUGACAGGUGCAUUUGCUCAUGCUUAUGAGACUCUCUUACCUGCUCUUUGAUCCUGUUACUCCACAGACUUCUUAAUCGUCCAGGUAUUACAGUGGCACAGUGUUCUACCUUUUACGUCCUCUCUCCUUUCAGUGCUUUUUAGGCAUAAACAAUGCGUAUUGCAAUGCGUCUUGGCAUUUGUGGCAGACCGAGAGAAUACCAAACAGAUCACUCCAAUUCAGUGUCAAAAGUUAUUCCAGAAAGCACAGGGCAAGACACAUGCAGUGCCUUCAGACGAUAAGCGUUCCACAACGUACCGCCUUCUGUAUCAUUCGGUACAGUCGACUCGGAGUCCUAGAUUACUAUCAUUGUCUAAAAGUAACUUUGAAAAAGCAUAGUUCGUGAAAACUGCAACGCUGAAAAAAAAAAA